AAAAGAAGCGGGCGGGAGCAUUGCGCGUCCGAGCCUUUGUGUUUCAGCUCUAAUAUCUCACAUAUCAAUAAUUCAACGCGCAAGAAGAAGACCCCGCGCUAUGUAUUCAUCUGCGCUUCAACUCGACAAGGGCCUCGUACCGCUCUCGACUGGUUAUUCGAUUACGGAGUGACAAGAAGGCGCGGGGAGGCUUGAGCCGAGAGGGGGGGAAAAGUUAACAGUGGGAAUGACUGGGUAAAGGGGGACUCUUCAUUAAAACAUAAAAAAUAAACGGGUAAACCAAACCUGUCUUUGACCUUUUCCAAUACUUAGAGAAAUACACAAGAGGUUUAAUUCAAGAACGAAAAGGAUUUGGUCAUUUUAAUAGGCUAAAUUUUGCGGAAGAGAAGAAGUACUAUAUUAUCUAUCAGAAAACUAUACCUUUCUUUGUGCGGGAUCCAGCAACGAAGUGCAUAGUGAAAUUGCCGUAAUGUUGACGCUCCUACUGGGUGCAGUGUGGCUAGUGACUCUAGUGAACGCUCAAAACGAGACGGAACCCAUCGUACUCGAGGGGAAAUGUCUGGUUGUUUGCGAUUCCAACCCAACUUCCGAUCCCACCGGGACCGCGCUCGGUAUAUCGGUGCGCUCCGGGAGUGCCAAAGUCGCUUUUUCCGCGGUGAGAAACACAAACCACGAGCCCUCGGAGAUGAGUAACCGGACUAUGGUCAUCUACUUUGACCAGAUACUUGUAAACGUUGGUAAGAAUUUCGACGAGGAAAGGAGCAAUUUCAUCGCCCCGCGCAAAGGGAUUUACAGUUUUAAUUUCCACGUGGUGAAAGUGUAUAAUCGUCAAACGAUCCAGGUAAGCCUGAUGCAUAAUGGAUGGCCUGUGAUCUCAGCCUUCGCUGGGGACCAGGAUGUGACUCGUGAGGCUGCCAGUAACGGAGUGCUGAUCCAAAUGGAGAAGGGGGACCGAGCCUACCUCAAACUAGAGAGAGGAAACCUCAUGGGGGGCUGGAAGUACUCCACAUUCUCUGGGUUCCUGGUCUUCCCCAUGUAGAAGAGAGGAGACUGGAGGGACUAAUUCUUCUGAGCUCGGCUGCUUGGGAGACUGGAGACAGAGAGAGAGAAUGACAGAUAUAGAAAGAGGGAGAAGAGAUGAGAGAAAAAGAUAUGGGAGAGGAAGUUAAAGAGAUGAGUAGGGUAUAAUUAGUUGGGAAGGCUCUCCAACACACUCACUCACUCCGCUGCCUGACUACAGCUCUGGACAGCCAAAACUUUUUUAUCCUCAGAAAUACUAUAAUUUAAAAACAUUAAAGAGAGUAAAACCUAGAGGCCAAGUCCACCCCUUCCCCCGCUUCAUCUCUUUCUGCAUCUGCUUUGAGGAAUGUGUCUAUAUUACCUACAAUGUCAGAGAGCUGCAUCGACCAUGUUUCCACAUUCUGUAUGGCCAUCCAUCCCCAUCCAUUUUCUGUGACUACAUUUUUAUUUGUUUUAUGUCUGUGUACAAUACAUUUUCUACAUCCCAUCCACUUCUGUCAUUUCAAGUCCAGACAGAUACAGUACUGUACCAUCAAGUCCUCCUCACUCACCACCCCAUUUCUUUAUGUUUAUUGAUCCCCUGUUCAAUAAUCCUUCUGUCCUUUACUCCUCUCCUGUUCUUUUAUCCUCCCCUCUGCUGCUCUUCUUUCUAGCCUUCUCCACCCAGUAAGGAUUGGGUUGUCAUGAUUGCUUUGUCAUGAUUGGAUGAUUUCUGAAACUCUAAAGACUCUUGCUGUAUACUGGACAUAUAUAAAAUCUGAAAGUUUCUAUAUGAUAUAAUAUGUGAUUAACAGAACAUGGUUGAAUAUCUGUGUUUCCGUAUUUUAAUGUUAAAAAUGAGUGAUUGUGUGUGGAUUAUGAGGCUGCCCUUAACUACUGAUGCUUCUUGUUCUUGUUUCGGUCAAAAUGUGGCUAAACUCAAACUAUACCAGAAAAACUAUAUAGGAAUUUUAUUCUGAUUAAUUAACUGUAAAAUACAUGUGAAUAUUUAGAAGAGACAAAUCCUCCCUUUUAUUUACCAAUCAAUCAAUUUAUCUAUUGUUUUUUAUUUGCAUUUAUCCAAUAAAAUAUACGUGGUACUUUUAUUUUUCUUAAACCUAA